AUGGUGGUAACGAAGAGAAGCGGUGCCAACGCUUGGUUGCUUUUCUUCUUGUUGCUGUUUCAAGGUGGCAAGUGCAUCAAGUGGCUAGCUCUCAGCCGCACAGGCGAUGGUUACUCGUGGACGAGGGAAUCCUGCACCAGCGUCAAAAGCUCCGGUCUUCUGGAGAGGAAGCAGGCAAGAGCAUGCAGAGCCACCCCGGACGUGAUGCCUAGCCUGGUGCAAGCAGCGAUGGAUACCUCGACCUUAUGCCAGCAAGCAUUUCGACAUCGUAGGUGGAACUGCAGUAGCAUCGAACGUGCGCCAGAUUACACGCCCGAAUUACUCACCGGAACAAGGGAGCAAGCCUUCGUGUACGCUAUGUCGGCUGCUGCAGCAGUGUGGAGGCUGGCAAGGGGAUGCGCGCUGGGAAGCCUCGCGGCUUGUUCCUGCGCCACGCCACCGCGAAGAGAGCCACCGUCGCCGUCCGCGUUGAUCUCGCCGUCGUCGUUCACCGCGACGUCCGUCUCCUUCAACACGUUGUCCGCCAGGAACUCGUUCAAGUGGGGCGGCUGCGGGGACGAUGUUCGAUCAGCGUCACGGAUGGCCAAGAGAUUUCUUCAGGGCGCGACACCUCCUGGUACCGGUGCAACAGCCAAGUUUAUGCACGCUGUUAAUAUGCACAACAACCGGGCAGGUCGAAGGGCUGUGGAACAAUCGUUGACCUUGGAAUGCAAGUGCCACGGUGUAUCCGGAUCGUGCAGCGUGCGUACCUGCUGGAGAGGACUCGGUUCUUCGGGACCCUCGGCCGCAGGGAAUCGUCUCCUUCGACGAUACACAACCGCGGCAGAGGUUCGACCAAGCUCUGGCGGACGACUGCCGCCAUUGUAUCAUCACGAUAAUCUGUUGUACACCACCAAAAGCCCAGACUACUGUCUACCUGAUAAAUCGAAGGGAAGUCUUGGAACUAUCGGCAGGCAAUGUAAUGGAAGCAGUUCCGGUUACGAGGGUUGCGAGUACCUCUGUUGCGGACGGGGUCAUAUUACCAAAACGGAGGAAGUUUUGGAAAGAUGCGAUUGCAAGUACGUCAGCUGCUGUUACGUAAAGUGCAAGACUUGCAGGAAAAUCGUCAAGACCUACGAAUGCAAAUAAAUGCGCGAGAACGAUAAAUUUCGAAACAAAACCGGGAUCCUCGUCUAGUUUAAACGAGAAACACACAUUCGCAUUAUUCAUGGGGGCUUCGCGAAUAGA